AUGCCUCCCUCCGCUUCAGGCUACGGCAACGGCAACGGCACCGCCAGCAACAUGACUCUCGCGACCUCCUCCGCACCCAGGCCCCUUGAGCGGGGCGUCUACGUACCCACCGUCGCCUUCUUCACGCCCGAGGACACAAUCGACGAGCAGACCACCCGGACACACGCCGUCAACCUCGCAAGGGCCGGCGUCGCCGGCAUCGUCACCCACGGCUCCAACGGCGAGGCCGUGCACCUCGACCACGCCGAGCGCAUUCUGGUCACGCGAAUAACCCGCGAAGCACUCGACGAGGCCGGCUACACUCACCUGCCCGUCGUCGUCGGCUGCGGCGCCCAGAGCACCCGAGAGACGGUCCAGCUGUGCCGCGAGGCCGCGCAGGCCGGCGGAUCCGCUGUCCUGGUCCUGCCGCCGUCCUACUACGGUGGCCUGCUGACCACGGAGCUCAUACUAGCGCACUUCCGCGCCGUGGCCGACGCAUCCCCGCUCCCCGUGCUGAUCUACAACUACCCGGGGGCGUGCUCCGGGCUCGACCUGUCGUCCGAUGUCAUCCUGGCGCUGGCGGAGCACCCCAACAUCCAGGGUGUGAAACUCACGUGCGGGAACACGGGAAAGCUGGCGCGCGUGGUCGACGGCGUGAAGAGGAUGGCGGGAGGCGGCAGCGGCGGUGGCAAGACGUGGAGGACAUUCGGCGGCAGCGCCGACUUUACGAUCCAGGGGCUGGCCGCGGGCGGGGACGGCAUCAUCGCGGGCAGCGCGAACCUGGCGCCGCGGGCGUGUGUCGAGGUCAUGCGGCUCUGGGACGCGGGCAAGCUGGCGCAGGCGCGCGACAUGCAGGGCGUGGUGGCGCGGGGCGACUGGACCAUGAUCCAGGGCGGCUUCGUCUCGGUGAAGGUCGGCCUGCAAAAGUACUUUGGCUACGGCGGGGAGCCGCGGCCGCCGUGCGCGCUGCCCCAGGGCAAGGCGCUGGCCAAGCAGGAGGAAGGGUUUGCGGAGAUGAUGGCGUUGGAGAAGAGGUUGUCGGGGGCGGCGUGA